GGAUGAGCCGAGGCGCGGCUGCCCAGUGGGAUGGAGGCGAGGGCUCUCUUGCCCCUGUCCUGGGUCCUUCUGAAUGAUGAGGUUUCGUUUCAUCAGAGCAAGGCCACAAGCGGUCUGGAUUCGGGAGCCAGCGGCCGACUACAGGGGUGGAGCCAGCGUUAGGGAAUGCCCCAACUUGUUAGACAAAAGUGUUUAGUAGGCAUUUAUUGAAUGCCCACUUCAUACAGGCUUCGUGCGAAGAGCUGUGGGAUGCGGUGCAAGCUUGGGAAGACAGAUCUGGCCACUGCUGCAGACUUGGUGACCUGCCAGGACAAUGGAUUUUCCUGGUCACUUUGAGCAGAUCUUUCAACAGCUGAACUACCAGAGACUUCAUGGCCAGCUCUGUGACUGUGUCAUUGUAGUGGGGAACAGGCAUUUUAAAGCCCACCGCUCCGUGCUGGCAGCAUGCAGCACGCAUUUCCGAGCUCUGUUCUCUGUGGCCGAGGGAGAUCAAACCAUGAACAUGAUCCAGCUAGAUAGUGAGGUGGUGACAGCAGAAGCCUUUGCUGCACUGAUUGACAUGAUGUAUACCUCCACACUCAUGCUGGGGGAGAGCAACGUUAUGGAUGUCUUAUUGGCAGCCUCUCACCUGCAUCUGAACUCCGUCGUUAAGGCAUGUAAACAUUACCUGACAACAAGGACGCUGCCCAUGUCUCCCCCCAGUGAGCGUGUUCAGGAGCAGAGUGCUCGCAUGCAGCGCUCUUUCAUGCUGCAGCAGCUGGGACUCAGCAUUGUGAGCUCUGCCCUCAGCUCCAGCCAGAGUGGCGAGGAGCCGCCUGCCCCCAUGAGCUCAUCCAUGCGCAACAACCUGGACCAGCGGACACCCUUCCCCAUGAGACGCCUUCACAAGCGCAAGCAGUCUGUAGAGGAGCGGGCCCGGCAGCGCCUCCGGUCCUCCAUGGAUGAAUCAGCCAUUUCAGAUGUUACCCCAGAGAGCGGGCCUUCGGGAGUUCAUUCUCGGGAGGAGUUCUUUUCACCAGAUUCUCUGAAAAUUGUGGAUAAUCCUAAACCCGAUGGGAUGGCUGACAACCAGGAAGACGGUGCUAUGAUGUUUGACCGGCCUUUUGGUGCCCAAGAGGAUGCCCAGGUGCCCAGCCAGUCAGAUGGCAGUGCUGGCAACAUGGCCUCUCGUGCAACUCAGGUCGAGACUAGUUUUGAACAAGAAGCUGUGGCCGAGAAAGGCAGUUUCCAGUGUGAAAACCCUGAGGUUGGCCUUGGGGAAAAGGACCACAUGAGAGUGGUGGUGAAGUCGGAGCCCCUGAGCUCUCCUGAGCCGCAGGAUGAAGUGAGCGACGUGACCUCCCAGGCAGAGGGCAGUGAGUCUGUGGAAGUGGAGGGGGUGGUGGUGAGCGCCGAGAAGAUAGAUCUCAGCCCUGAAAGCAGCGACCGGAGCUUCUCAGACCCCCAGUCCAGUACGGACAGGGUCGGGGACAUCCACAUUUUGGAAGUCACAAAUAAUCUAGAACAUAAGACCUCUUUUAGUAUUUCAAAUUUUCUCAACAAGAGCAGGGGAAAUAACUUCAGCACAAGUCAGAGCACCGAUGACAACAUCCCAAACACCACCAGCGACUGCCGGCUGGAGGGUGAGGCCCCUUACCUGUUGAGUCCAGAGGCUGGGCCUGCAGGUGGGCCUUCCUCUGCUCCUGGUUCCCAUGUAGAGAACCCAUUCAGUGAGCCUGCAGACUCCCACUUUGUCCGGCCUAUGCAGGAGGUGAUGGGCCUGCCCUGUGUGCAGACCUCAGGCUACCAAGGAGAACAAUUUGGGAUGGACUUUUCCAGGUCUGGCUUGGGCCUCCACUCCUCCUUCUCCAGGGCAAUGAUGGGCUCUCCAAGAGGAGGCGCCAGUAACUUUCCAUACUACCGACGCAUAGCUCCCAAAAUGCCAGUGGUAACUUCGGUCAGGAGCUCCCAGAUCCCUGAAAAUUCCUCUAGUUCCCAGCUGAUGAUGAACGGGGCUGCCUCGUUUGAAAACAGCCACCCUUCCCAGCCUGGCCCUCCGCAGUUGACCAGGGCAUCUGCCGAUGUCUUGUCAAAGUGCAAGAAGGCCUUAUCAGAGCACAAUGUCUUAGUUGUGGAGGGCGCUCGCAAGUACGCCUGCAAAAUCUGCUGUAAAACCUUUCUGACUUUGACAGACUGCAAGAAGCACAUCCGAGUCCACACAGGCGAGAAGCCGUACGCCUGCCUCAAGUGUGGCAAGAGGUUCAGCCAGUCCAGCCACCUGUACAAACACUCGAAGACCACCUGCCUGCGCUGGCAGAGCAGCAACCUCCCCAGCACUUUGCUCUGACCCUCUCUCCUCAUGACACAGUACACAGGCCAGUUCUGCACCCAAAUUGAAAUCACUGUUGGCAGGCAGCUAAUGGCACUGGACGUGAGGCCUCAGCUGGCCAGUGGCUCUGCAUUUCAGCCAGUGGUUAGCAGAGAACUGUUACAUGUAGUACUGACACUGAGAACUAAUUCUCAGUACUGACACUACAGCAUUUCUGAGCGAGGGAUGCAACAACUCCUUCCUUGAGGAGUGCAGUCAUAAAGUAGCUUGUCAUUGAUGUCAAGAGUGUCACAUUUAAGUAUGGAAGCGCUGAAAACAUUUUAACACUAUUUUAAAGCCCUGUGAAGCAUUUAAUUAAAUUUCCUACAUCAUUUGGUGGGAAUAUGCCAUCCCUGUACAGCAAUGCAAAAGCAGGUGGUUUGGUGCUGUCUGAACAAAGGCCCUGGAGGACAAGCCUGUCUGUCUCAAAUGCUUUAAAGUGUAUCCAAGGCCACAGAAAGUACUGUGUCUUCUUUUUUUAGUCUGAGUUGCAGUCAUUGACACUGCCCUCUGAUGGUGCUGGCACUGGGCCCAGGUGAACACACCCUUGGACUAACAGUGUGACCAUGAAUCUGUGGAUAGACCUGUAAUGUUCUGAGAGGGCAUGGCACCUGAACUGAUUCCCAGGGAGGACAGCCCAGAUGGAACCCCGGGCCCUCUUCCUGAGCAGGUGUGUGGGAAGCGGGGUCACUUGUGAAAUUGUGGUGAGGCUUGUCAGCAGUCUGUUGAGAUAGGAUGUAGGGACCAGUGGGAGUCGGGGUCAGCAUGUAGAACCAGAGAUGCCCUGCUGGGUGAGGAGCCAGUGUCACCGGCAGAAAGUAGCAGUCAUUCUUCCUUCCUGCCUUAAGGAUGUGGUGCUUGGAGUCUGCCCCUCACCUCAGCGUGGAUAUAUACGGACUUUGCUUUUGCGCCCACCUCCCCACUGCUGGAUGGACCUGGAAUCUCAUCUACCUCGCAGUCAGUCUCUACGUGUGAGAAGCAAGCUUGCAGGCCAGCGUCCUCCAACAUGCUGUAGCUCUUAAAGAUUUCCAAGGCUCCCUGGGAAACUAGACCCAGGGUUGCUGUGAACCUGGAGUUCUACUGGGAUUCUAACUGGUACUGGGGACCCGACUUUUGAUUUUUAGCCUUAAUUAUAGCCCGGCAUAAUCAUGUACAAUCUUCUGGAGAUGGCAUCAAGUAUAGGGGCACCCUGUCGGUGCUAAUGCUGGUCAAAACAGAUUUUGAAAUAAAAAAAAAAUUGUCAUA